AAACCAGGAAGGAUGCGGCGAGCGCGAGCCAGAGAGGGUCGAGAGGAGGACGCGGACGCGAAGGUGGACGAACCUGUUUCCGCUGAAGAAGCUACCGUCGAUGACCGCGCCCGCCCUCCAUCAACGACAAUGGCGCAAGCUACUUCCGACCAGUCAGCCAACGAGAACGUACACGAAGCCGCUUCGGAAGACGUUCCUGCUCUGAGGUGAACGAUGCUCCCGUUAACGUCACCGAGCCAACACCCUUCGACGCUCUCUCCAGCGAUACUGCAUAUCCCUCCGCGUUGGCUCGUCUCGCCCAGCCCGACACGCUGAUGCCUUCGCCCAUCGGGCAUUUCACCGAAGAGCUGCCCUCGCUGGAGAGCCCAGAGAAGUCGCCGGUGCCUUCCGAAGCCUCGACAUCGAUGUCUCCUCACUCCGACCCCCAUCAUAUCUCAGAGCCAGCUUGCCUGACGAAGUCUCCGCGGGACCGCCUGAGGACCGGAGGGCCUGUCUGAGCCGUCAAAUUGCUCCGUGUUUCUGUCGCCGACUCGCAGGCGCCCUUAUCGGACUCUU